GGGCGCGUCGGCGGCCGCCAGUGCGAUAUCGCCAUUUGGCUGAUACGGAAUACCGUUCGGCCUGGCAGUCGUUCGUAUGGCGAACGUCGGAGAGCCCGCGGCCGUUCUCCGCGUUGAUACGCAUUGUAAAACGUGGGAUAAAUAAGCGAGAGAGAAUGGUAUAAUCAUGAUUCAAGCUGGAAACGAUCCUGAGGAGAGUUUAGCAGCUCGGAUGUCCUGUAUACACUGUAUACAACGGUGACACAGCUUCACACACAUAAAACACAGGCAUGGAUAUACAAAAGAAGUUUCUGUGCCCCCGUUUGGUGGAUUAUCUCGCCAUCGUGGGGGCCAGGAUGCCCGCCGCCUCUCGUCAGCCCGUACAGGUCCCAGAGUUGCUACGCAGAUAUCCGGUGGAGGAUCACAAGGAUUUUCCUCUGCCUUUGGAUAUGGUAUAUUUCUGUCAACCGGAAGGUUGCAGUAGCGUGGGACCGAAACGGACAGCUUUACGAGAGGCGACGUCUUUCACUUUCACCCUCACCGACAAAGAUUCAGGAAAGACGCGUUACGGGAUCUGUGUGAAUUUUUAUCGACCUACGGAGAGGACGGGGGUUGUGGCUGGCACGGGGAUAGCGCUCAAGAGAGAAAAGUAUAACACCACUUUUCGCAGAGAAAGUUGGCGGAAGAGUAUGGAGAGAAGCACGGAUUCCGCUUUUUCUAGCGACUAUAGGAGCAGUGCGGUGGGUCCUAGUGACUCUGAGAGAGAUUGCUCUAGUAGUAGGAGGGAUUCGGACACUCCGCAGGUGCCUCACGCCCCGAGAUUGGAAUUCAUCGCACCAAGCGGAGACAGCGAGAGCGGCGGCAGUCAUUCCCCCUCGCCACGCGCAUCUCGAAGACGUCAGAGAGUUCGCAAUCAUUCUUUAACUUCGCUAUGCAUCAUUUCACAUCAUCCUUUCUUCUCGAUGUUUCGGGAGUGUCUUUUCGUUUUGAAGAAGAUCAUUGACGCGUGCAACGAGAGUUUCUCGCCGCAGAAAGUCGGAGCAUCUCGGCAGACGAAUAGAGAUACAGUUUGGAGCGUUUUGACGGGACAGGCUCUGGGCGACACGCCAUCCAUCGUGCUUCACGACGUUCGUGAGAUCGAGACAUGGAUACUGCGUUUGCUCAGCAGCCCCGUGCCUGUCCCGGCGAAAACGCGUGUCGAGGUCGAGAUAAUAUCAUCGAAUAUGCAACCCCCACUGUGCUUCGCUCUGCCGGACCACACGAGAUUCUCAUUAGUCGAUUUUCCUCUGCAUCUACCAUUAGAGCUCCUCGGCGUCGACAUAUGUCUCAAAGUGCUCACACUGAUCCUCCUAGAGAACAAGAUCGUACUUCAAUCUCGGGAUUACAACGCUCUUUCCAUGUCGGUCAUGGCAUUUGUCACAAUGAUCUAUCCGCUGGAGUAUAUGUUUCCUGCGAUACCCUUGCUACCCACGUGCAUGAGCUGCGCGGAACAAUUAUUGCUCGCCCCAACACCCUUCGUCAUAGGGAUACCCGCGUCCUUCCUACUCUACAAGAAGAACUUCAAAAUGCCCGAUGAUAUCUGGCUAGUGGACUUAGAUAGCAAUAAGAUAACGGCGCCAAGCGCUUUGAGCGAAGACAGUUUGCCGCCGUUGCCAGAACCAGAGGGUACUAUCCUGAAGAACCAUCUAAAGCAGGCAAUGCAACUGAUGGAUCAAGUUGGCUCUAGUGCGAUGGCCAAUAUGACAUAUCCUCCGUUGCCCCUGCAAGACACCUCACCGCGUCUAUCUUUUCAGGCGCCCAGCAGAAGAGAAAGCACGGCCUCCCAUCAUUCCAACUUAAGCGUAGCGUCAACGAAGCACAGACCGAGCAUCGACCAGUGCGCGCACGUUCAACACAUCCCGUUGAAUUCCCCUGGCAUGAGCUCGUCGUCGAGUCCCCCUCGUCGGCAAUCAAUGUCGCAGACGAUCGGUGGAUCCGGACCGGCCGGUCCCUAUCCGCCAAAGAUGGCCGGGCAAAGCCCAGCACCGUUUAACCCCUUCAUUUAUGGGAAUGACGUAGACUCGGUGGAUAUCGCCACGCGGGUCGCCAUGGUGCGAUUCUUCAACUCGCAGAACCUGUUAGCCAACUUCACCGAGCACACGCGCACCUUGCGGCUGUAUCCCCGGCCGGUGGUGGCCUUCCAGAUCAACUCGUUUCUUCGCUCGCGACCCAGGAAAAGCAGCUUCCUCAACAAGUUCGCGCGCACGCAAGCGGUCGAGUUCCUGGCCGAGUGGUCUCUCACGCCAAGCAAUGUGGCCUUCCUCCGAGUGCAAACCGGAGUGUUCGAUCCCGCGCAGAUCGGCGACAAGCCGCGCUGGUACGCGACCAAUCUGGAGCCGAUCUACUUUCCCGUCUGGGAUUCCGGUAGCUCACUAGCGAACGCCCUGAAGGCGAUGAGGGAACAUGAGACUCAACCCACAGACGAAAGCGGUUCUGACUCUGAAGGUGCCGAGAGCACCAGCUCCUCUUAUUCCUCCUUGAGCGAUUUUGUCUCCGAGAUGGCAUCAUCCGAUUUGUCGCCGGGUUACAAUUGUCCGCAACUGAGCCAGCCCCAACAAAUGUCGCUCUCGGUGGAUCCGAAGAACGUCUACAAUCCACCGAGUUCUCUGCAAUAUCCGGGAGUCGAGGAGGACUCAUCAGAGCGCCGACUUGAAAGUCCGCCGAGUACAUCUUCUAGUCACAGCGAUCUCAGUAGCCCGAGCUUUAAUCGGGAUUCCGAGCUCGAGUUAAAUCCGAAAGUUCACGAGGGUUCGCAAUCUACUAACGAUAAAGAGGAGGGUGGUAGCUUUGAGUCAGACUCCGCGUCGACAAUAACACCGCGCACUAUCCUGAGCGCACAAAGUUCGGUAGGACAGUUCACAGGGAUAAGCAUGGGAUCUUUAGGCACUCAGUCUUCGCUCAACGAAACUGAACGUCCUACCACACCUCACAGGACCUCGCGUAUCAGUAGAUAUGUCACUCCUGUGCCACCCACGGGACCGGGUCUCCAACGUCAACCGAGCGUCGGCAAUGUUUUGGCGAGGACAUCCAGCUUCAAUACCGCCGGACCUCUCCUGCCGCGGCAGAUAAGUGCGGCCACUACCGUUGAUCAUCAUCAUCACGAGACGACGAUACAGCUUCAGCGUCAGGCAUCGGCGGGACCGACGAUCACGCCGAAACAGAGUAACGACAACGCAGCGGUGCAACGGCAGAACAGCGGUGGCAGUACCACUGGAAACGGUGUUCUUCGGCAGGGCUCGCAGGGUUCCCUAUUCGAGCAGAUUGCCAGCCAGGCGAAAGACUUAGUACGCGAGACCACGAGACAGAGCAGCCAGGACGGGUUACUCGCACACAUGGACAAGCUGAAGCAUCAGGCAAAAGAAAAAAUUACGGAGGCAGGCGAGGAUAGUCUGUUCGCACCGUUGGAACAAUUGACGCAACAAACGAAGAAAGCGAUGGGCGAGGCUACCAAAUCGGUGCAAGAGGUGUCGAAGACCGCUUUGGAGGCGAGCAAAACCGCGGCGGGUGUCAGCAAAAACACGUUGGACGAUUUGACGUAUGUCGGCAAGAGCACGUUAGGAGACCUGACGAAAAGUGCCAAAGAAGUCGCCGCGAAGAAGGGCUUGCUCAAGGGCCUGGGAGAAUCGCAACAAUCACCAGUACACUCGCCGCAAUCUCCCAAUACACAACAGCGGAAGGAUUCGGUCAGCAAUCAGCUGGUCGCAUCGGAUACCCGAGGAGUCGGGCGAGACUUUUUCAGCAAUAUUAGCAGCGAUCUGAACGGCUUUGCCGCGCAGACCAGCAGCAUGUUCAGUGAUUUAUUCGGUAGUAAAAAUAAUUCCAAUCGAGGCAGUAGCUUCUUCCCGCAAAAUCAGAAAUCGAAGGAGAAAUCCAAUCCAAUCCUUGGACCAUUUCCUAAAGAUUCAUCGACAGUUGCAGGAAAAACAGGACUGGUAGAACGUUCCUCGUUGAUAAAACAUUCUUCGCACAAAGUUAAUCAAGAAGAUGCGCAGAGAAUGCAGAACGCGGAACGUUCUAGUACAAACAGUGACAAUCAAGCCUUUUUGAACGAUGUGGUGACACAAGUAUUGGCUGGCGAAGGUGUUGGUUGGCUCAAAUUGAACAGACUGAAAAAGCUAAUGGAGGAUGAAAAUUAUCGAGAUUUGGUCGUGACGAAACUGAACAAGGGUCUAAAUAGAAAGAUUAGUCCGAAUGAUCACAUUGAUGAUGUGAGUGGGCGGGGUGGUGGAACAGGAAGCAGCGAAGCUUUAUCCACUGACGGAGGUAGCAUUAUCACUAAUCCUGCUUUUCGGCAAGCGCACCAAGCUUCCUUUCGAAGCACUGUGUCUGAUAGCGAGGUCGAGCAAGGCAAUUUUCCUCGGCAGGGCAAGCAGCGUUCCGGCAGCGUUUGGUCCAGCAAAUCGUCCCUGAGCACCGGAUUUCGGUAUCACGGCGGAAGUUUGAUAUCCACCACGGCAUUACCGAGUCCGGAAGCUGCGAGAACAUAUCUCUUCGAAGGUCUAUUGGGGAAAGAGAGAUCGUCUCUAUGGGAUGAAAUGCAAUUUUGGGAGGACGCCUUUUUGGACGCCGUCUCACAGGAACGCGAUAUGAUGGGCAUGGAUCAAGGACCUGGAGAAAUGGUGGAGAGAUACAAGAGCCUAAGCGAAAGCGAAAGGCGACGGUUGGAGCACGAGGAGGACAGACUGCUGUGCACGUUGCUGCACAACCUCACUGCUGUCUUGGUAAUGCUUAACGUCAAUAAAGAUGAAUUGAAGCGGAAGGUGCGCAGACUAUUGGGCAAGAGUCACAUCGGCCUCAUCUACAGCCAGGAGUUAAACACGCUCCUCGAUCAAAUAAAUAAUCUCCACGGAAACGACAUCGAUCUGAAGCCCCUGACAUCCCGGCAAAUGCACCGGCAGUCGUUCACCGUGCACUCAGGAGUUGACGCCGACGGUGAUCUGCGUUUCCUCGAGGUCCGCCACGACGGCCUGGUCCUGAGGUCGGUGAACGGCGUGAUAGUCGAGCGCUGGUGGUACGAGCGAGUAGUCAACAUGACGUACAGUCCGAAAAACAAGGUUUUAUGCUUAUGGAGAAGAAGCGGCGGUGACACUGAGUUACACAAGUAUUAUACCAAGAAGUGUAAGGACGUGUAUUACUGUAUUAAGGACGCCAUGGAGAAGGCGGCGGCUCGCGGGCGAGGCGCGAACGUGGGCUACGAGCUCGGCGGUGAGUUUCCAGUGCAGGACAUGCGAACGGGCGAGGGUGGUCUUCUGCAGGUUUGCAUGGAGGGCGUCGGUCUCCUCUUCGCGAACAGCAAGGAUUUCGAGUUUUUUGUAAGACUCGAUCAUAUCCGCAAGUGCUUUACUCAAAAGGAUGGAAUCUUUGUUUUGGAAGAAUUCAAUCCUAAAACUAGACAAGUAAUUCAACGUAAAUAUAAGUCACAAAUGGCAUCUGAUAUUUGCUACGCUGUUCUCUGCGUAUUUUCUUACGUGGCGGCUGGCUCCGAGCAACGAAAACAACAGGGCCAACAGCAGCAGCAGCAGCAGCAACCACAGUCACAACCGCAAUCACAACCGCAACAGCACACCUUACACCCGCAUCAACAACGUCAGCAUCAACAACAGCAGCAACAGCAGCAGCAACAGCAGCAACAGCAGCAGCAGCAGCAGCAGCAGCAAAAUUACCAAACCCGAUAUCCUUAUCAGCAACACAGACAGGAGCAAUCGAGCAAUGUAACAUCGCAAAUGCACAGAAACACGCAAUUGGACCCCUAUUCUCGUCAACACUGACACAGGCAAAGAUAUUCGCUUCCCUUCGUUAGCAUUCACGACAAAAAUAAUUGCGCCCCUUACGCUUGUCUACCCUGGGUAUAAAUGUAUGCUACCUCUUUUCCAGAGAAUAUACUUUAUUUGAAUAUUCACAAAACGUCGGCAAAAUGUAACAACGACGUUUCGUUUUCAUUUAAGUUCUCUUUGGAUUUUGGCUAGUGUUCUUUUUCUCUUCCGGGGAUGAAAUUAUUGCGAAUGGUAAUAACUAAAAUUAAAAAAAAA